CUCUCUGUCUUCCUCUCAGGUUCGCCAGAUCACCGGGUGCACGAAACACUUUCGGGUUCAAAUUGCUCAGUCUUUUUGGCUUGGCAUAUCAAUCAUGCAUGGCCUGAUAUUUACCUCCAGAUUGCUGCCCUCAACCAUUGAUGUCAUUUGAAAUCUGGCGAAAUGGGCAUCAAAGGCAUCUAUAAAGAAAUUGGACCUGGCCAACGCGUGUCGCUUUGCAAGCUUGCUGUUGACCAGCUUGAACGCACCGGCCGACCGUUUCGUCUUGCAAUUGACUUUUCGAUAUGGCAGUUCCAGGCGCAAGCGGCAAAGGGCGGCUCCAACCCAGCCAUCCGAACAUUAUUCUACCGCCUGGUGCGGUUGCUCGGCCUAGCCAUCCAGCCGAUCUUUGUCUUUGACGGACCCAAUAAGCCCGCCUUCAAGCGCAACAAGCGCUCCGGUCGCGGUGAUGGCGUGGCCACAGCCAUGGCCAAGCGUCUGAUCCGGCUGUUUGGCUUUGCUAUGCACGACGCGCCGGGCGAGGCCGAGGCCGAGUGUGCGCUGCUUGAGCGCGAAGGGAUAGUGGACGCCGUGCUCAGCGAGGACGUCGACACCAUCAUGUUUGGCUGCCGCCGCACGCUGCGCAAUUGGUCCGCCGAAGGGAAGGGCGGUUCCAAGACGCCGACCCACGUCUCCGUCUACGACGCCGCCUCAGUGACCGCCGGCGGCCUGGACAGGGAGGGGAUGGUGCUCGUGGCUCUGAUGAGCGGUGGCGACUACCUACCUGAGGGUGUUCCGGGCUGCGGUGUCAAGGUUGCCUGCCAGGCGGCAAAAGCAGGAUUCGGCCGGGACCUGUGUCGCCUCAAGAGGGCUGACAUGGACGGGCUCAAGGCCUGGAAGCAGCGGCUGCUGCAUGAGCUGCGUACGAAUGAGAGUGGCUACUUUAGGACAAGGCACAAGGCUUUGGAUAUUCCGGAUGAUUUUCCAAACAUGGAAAUCGUACGGUACUACACACAUCCAGUGGUGUCCCGUCAGACAACUAUUGACAGGUUGAAGGCUGAGUUUCCGACUACAGCUAAGGUGGACACCAUCGGGCUCCGAGACUUCGCAAGAGAGACCUUUGACUGGACAUUUCGCAUUGGGGCUAUCAAACUCAUUCGAGUAUUGGCCCCUAGUCUCCUCGUCCAGUGCUUCCUUGAAAGGUGUAAAACUGCCGAACGCCACGAUGACCUUGAUCUCCAACAAAAGGAAGAGUCGGCACUGGUCAAGGCUAUCUCGAGCAGAAGGACGCAUUUUAGCACUGACGCUACGCCCGAAUUGCGAAUAUCCUUUAUUCCGGCCGAUAUUGUCAAGCUGGACUUGACCGCGGAACCGGAGGAAGAGCCCCAGGAAUUUGGGCGAACCGGUCUUGCUCUAAACAGCGAUGAUGAGUCCGAGGAAGCUCCUGAUGAGCCUGGUGGCCGGCCAAAGACUGGCCCGAAGAAGCCGUUUGAUCCGCUGCAGCCCGACUCGGUCUGGGUUCCUGAGACGCUCACCAAAUUGGGCGUACCCUUGACGGUCGAGGACUGGGAAGGAAAUCAACGAACGAAGAAGCAGCUUAAGGAGCAACAGGCUGCCGCAAAGGCCCGGAAACCUCGGGCCAAGAAGAGUGAUAUGCCGGCUGGCGCGCUGGACAAAUACGUCAAGGUGGUAAAACGCGUUGGCGAGAGCGCAAAGGACACUCCGGGCUCCGGAAUCGACUCACCACUUCCUAGUUCUAUUCCCGUGUCUAGCCAGGCUACACCAAAGGCAUCGAGUAAGAAGGCGGAACAGUCCCCAAUCAAGCCAACAAAGAGUGUCAACCCAUGGACACUCGCUAGUUCCCAAGCCAAGGAGCCAAUCGUCAUCUCAUCCAGCCCUGUCGCCCCUACGUCACCUUCGCGUGCUAGCGCAGGUAACAUAGCCAGCCAGGCGACACCGACGAGGCAAAAGCGUUCAAAAAGUCUGAGGGCUGAGGAGUCUUCUUCACCGCCGUUGUUCGGUCUGUCGCCCAGUCCCGGAAAGUCGCCAUCAACCUCGCGAUUGCCCACCGAGUCUACGGGAGUGUCCGGGCGAGCAGCAACCAAGGCUCGGCCGUUCAAAAGGGUAAAGAGCGGGGCAGAAGACAAGAUCGGUACUACUACUACCUCCAACCAACCCCAACCAAGAGCGCCAACUCAGAGGUCACUCAAGGACUAUGGGCGGAUCUUGAAGAACUCGAGUGCUUUACAAGCGACUGCCAAAUCCACGGUUGCUAACAGCCAGAUUCCAAUCGAGAUCUCGACAGGCGAUGAGGGCUCUCCCCUUACCCAGCAGCCGUCCAGCCAGCCAGCCGCGCUAUCGCCAGUCCCUUCCCGGCUGCCUACGGCGCCUCCUUUGGACAGGAUAGGCAUACUUGACGCCGAGGACCCCUUUGGCCAGCUGUCGCCACCUACAAAGACAAUUUCAGAAUUACCUCGCGCUUCUCAAGACGAUACACCUACGUCCUCUCACCGCGGCAGCAUGAGCCCGGAGCGUCAACAACGGUAUCAAACCAAGGGAAAUGGCCCUGAUAUAUUCUCCACCUCCACAUCUACAUCUACACCCACCGACGACGCCGACGGCGAGGACACGGUCGGCACCCACCAACAGCAAGCCGUAACCACAGCCACAACGAGAACCAGCACCACCAGCAGCAGCACCAGCGCCAGCAGCAACAAACCUGCCAACAAGAGCAAUAAGGGAACUGGUACCACAAAACUCUACAUCCCCCGCACCAGCCUUACCGGGGUGGGAUUCUUCAAGGAAGUCGAGGUCACCCGCGACGAGGCAGACCGUUUCUUGGCAGCAGCCGAGGACAACAAGACCACAACCGAUGGAAGGGACGACAAAUUCACAUCUACGCUGAGCCUAGAUGGCGGCGGCGGCGGUGUUGGUGGGCAAAGGCGAGGGCGAGGGCGGGGAGGAGGAGGAGGGGGAGGGAAACGGAUAUGGCGGCUGAGUGAGGUUGAGGUUUUUGAUCUGACGGGCGAGGAUUAG